CUUGCUGCAUUCACGCAUCCGGGUAAAUGGGUGAUUAAAUGGUGUUUUUGGAAUGUUUUUGAUUUGCCUCUCUCUCCCUCCUCUUUCCCAGUGUUAGAGAUUGACUUUGCGGAGCUAACCCUGGAAGAGAUUAUUGGCAUCGGGGGCUUUGGGAAGGUCUAUCGUGCUUUCUGGAUAGGGGAUGAGGUCGCCGUGAAAGCAGCUCGCCACGACCCCGAUGAGGACAUCAGCCAGACCAUAGAGAACGUUCGCCAGGAGGCCAAGCUCUUCGCCAUGCUGAAGCACCCCAACAUCAUUGCUCUCAGGGGGGUGUGUCUGAAGGAACCCAACCUCUGCUUGGUCAUGGAGUUCGCUCGUGGAGGACCUUUGAACAGAGUGCUAUCUGGGAAGAGGAUUCCCCCCGACAUCCUGGUUAACUGGGCCGUGCAGAUUGCCAGAGGGAUGAACUACUUACACGAUGAGGCGAUUGUCCCCAUUAUCCACCGCGACCUUAAGUCCAGCAACAUAUUGAUCCUCCAGAAGGUGGAGAAUGGAGACCUGAGCAACAAGAUUCUGAAGAUCACUGACUUUGGCCUGGCUCGGGAAUGGCACCGAACCACCAAGAUGAGCGCGGCAGGGACAUAUGCUUGGAUGGCCCCCGAAGUCAUUCGUGCCUCCAUGUUUUCCAAAGGCAGCGAUGUGUGGAGCUACGGGGUGCUGCUUUGGGAGCUACUGACUGGUGAGGUGCCCUUCCGAGGGAUCGAUGGCCUGGCAGUCGCUUAUGGAGUGGCCAUGAACAAACUCGCCCUCCCCAUCCCUUCUACAUGCCCAGAACCUUUUGCCAAACUCAUGGAAGAUUGCUGGAAUCCGGACCCCCAUUCACGACCACCCUUCACAAAUAUCCUGGACCAGCUAACUACCAUAGAGGAGUCUGGUUUCUUUGAAAUGCCCAAGGACUCCUUCCACUGCCUGCAGGAUGACUGGAAACAUGAGAUUCAGGAGAUGUUUGACCAACUCAGGGCCAAAGAAAAGGAACUCCGCACAUGGGAGGAGGAGCUGACGCGGGCUGCGCUGCAGCAGAAGAACCAGGAGGAGCUGCUGCGACGCCGCGAGCAGGAGCUGGCUGAGCGGGAGAUCGACAUCCUGGGACGCGAGCUCAAUAUCAUCAUCCACCAGCUGUGCCAGGAGAAGCCGCGGGUGAAGAAACGCAAGGGCAAGUUCCGCAAGAGCCGGCUGAAGCUCAAGGACGGGAACCGCAUCAGCCUCCCUUCGGAUUUCCAGCACAAGUUCACGGUGCAGGCCUCCCCGACCAUGGAUAAAAGGAAGAGCCUCAGCAGCAGCCGCUCCAGCCCUCCUGCAAGCCCCACCAUCAUCCCUCGCCUUCGAGCCAUCCAGUUGACACCAGGUGAAAGCAGCAAAACCUGGGGCCGGAGCUCAGUCAUCCCAAAGGAGGAAGGAGAGGAGGAGGAGAAGAGGACUUCCAAGAAGAAGGGACGGACGUGGGGGCCGGGGACGCUGGGUCAGAAGGAGCUUGCCUCGGGCGACGAAGGAUCCCCUCAGAGACGUGAGAAAGCUAACGGGUUAAGUACCCCAUCAGAAUCUCCACAUUUCCACUUGGGCCUCAAGUCCCUGGUAGAUGGAUACAAACAGUGGUCGUCCAGUGCCCCCAACCUGGGGAAGGGCCCUCGGAGCAGCCCGGCCCUGCCGGGGUUCACCAGCCUUACGGAGAUGGAGGAUGAGGACAACGAAGGCCCAGGGAGUGGGGAAAGUCGCCUACAGCAUUCACCCAACCAGUCCUACCUCUGUAUCCCAUUCCCUCGUGGAGAGGAUGGGGAUGGCCCCCCCAGUGACACAGCCCACGAGGAGCCCACCCCAGUCAACUCAGCCACCAGUACCCCUCAGCUGACGCCAACCAACAGCCUCAAGCGGGGCGGCGCCCACCACCGCCGCUGUGAGGUGGCUCUGCUUGGCUGUGGGGCUGUUCUCGCAGCCACAGGCCUAGGGUUUGACCUGCUGGAAGCUGGCAAGUGCCAGCUGCCUCUCCCAGAGGAGCCUGAGCCACCAGCCCGGGAGGAGAAGAAGAGGCGCGAGGGACUUUUUCAGAGGGCCAGUCGUCCUCGACGGAGCACCAGCCCCCCAUCCCGGAAGCUCUUCAAGAAGGAGGAGCCCAUGCUGUUGCUAGGAGACCCCUCUGCCUCCCUGACACUGCUGUCUCUCUCCUCCAUCUCCGAGUGCAACUCCACGCGCUCCCUGCUGCGUUCGGACAGCGAUGAGAUCGUGGUGUAUGAGAUGCCUGUCAGCCCAGUGGAGGCCCCACCCCCGACCCCUUGCACCCACAACCCCUUGGUCAACAUCCGAGUGGAGCGCUUCAAACGGGACCCUCACCAAUCUCUGACUCCCACCCACGUCACCCUCACAGCCCCCACGCAGCCCAGUGGUCACCGGCGGACCCCUUCUGACGGGGCCCUCAAGCCAGCGGCUCUCCUGGCCAGCAGGAGCCCCUCCAGCAACGGGCUGAGCCCCAGCCCUGGAGCAGGAAUGUUGAAAACCCCCAGCCCCAGCCGAGACCCAGGUGAAUUCCCCCGUCUCCCUGACCCCAAUGUAGUUUUCCCCCCAACCCCGAGGCGCUGGAACACACAGCAGGACUCCGCCUUGGAGAGACCCAAGACCCUGGAGUUCCUGCCUCGGCCGCGUCCUUCCGCCAACCGGCAACGGCUGGACCCCUGGUGGUUUGUGUCCCCCAGUCACGCCCGUAGCGCCUCCCCGGCCAACAGCUCCAGCACAGAGACACCCAGCAACCUGGACUCCUGCCUUGCUAGCAGCAGCAGCACUUUGGAGGAGCGGCCUGGGCUCCCAGCCCUGCUCCCGUUCCAGGCGGGGCCGCUGCCCCCCACCGAGCGGACGCUGUUGGACCUGGACGCCGAGGGCCAGAGUCAGGACAGCACUGUGCCACUGUGUAGAGCUGAACUGAGCGCACACAGGCCUGCCUCUUAUGAAAUCCAGCAAGAGUUCUGGUCUUAGCAUGGAAAGGCUCAGGGUGGGCAAGGGGGAUGCAGGAGGAGAUGGGGGAGCUGGCUGGCACAGCCCUUUCUCAGAGUUGGACCCCUGAGAUCCAGUCCCACUUCUUGCACUGAUAAUGCACUUUGAAGACAGAAGGGAUGGAAGCAGAGCCACUUCAGAGGGUCGCUAGCCCUGCAGGGCCUUUUACCUGUGUCCACUGGAGGGGCUGUGGCUAUCAGCUCUGGCUGUAGGGGGAGGGGGUACGUGCAUGUCCCCCACCCUCCACAGUCUUCCUCGCCUUUAGGGUGACCCUGCGGCGUCACUCAGCCAAAUCUGUCUGCUGCUCCCUCUCCUCAGCCCCCUGGGUAUGCCCAGGGCCUGUCCUGGGGGCCCUGUUAGCCCUGAGUUCAGCCUUCCCAAACAUCAGUAUUGGAUGUUCUGUGAUUGAUUUUAUGUCUCUUCCACAUUCUUCCCCAACACCCAUGAAUCAGAAUCUUGUUUGAUGUGAGCUUUUCUGUGUCCUAAGCCCUUCCAUGCCAGUUGGGGGACGGAUGGACCCGGCACUACCUCCCUGCACUUCCAGGUGCCCACCUAUUUAUUUGAGCCUGCCCGUGGUAGGGAAGCUGCCUCAGUGAGAGCUGGGGGCGAGGAGGGUGUUAGGGAAAAUACAGUUAGCUGCAGUAAAGAGGGUAACGGAGUCUGUCCAUCCUUGUUCCUUUUGGCACCCAUCUCCCUGGGAUCCAGACAUGGUCAGGCCAGGUUCCGAUACAAACAUAAGCUCAUCCCAUGAGCAGUUGCUUGGGAUGCCAGAGAC